CAUUAUCCAUUGUGAUCCGCGGGUGAUUGAUGGACUGCGAUAUCUGAAUAUCCGAACACUCAUAAUUUGUAAAUUCCUUCUGCGAGAAGAAACAGAUUUCUAACUGGAUUUCGCAUAACAGGCGAAAAGGAAACGCGACGGAAAAAUGCAACAACCGGAGCUAAUAGGAGCGUACUUCGUGCGGGAUCGCGUCAGCUGAUUGCCAUUUAAUUCGAACGGACCGAAGUGUUGGUAAUCGAGGAAAACGAGACGUUCCUUCACGCGUAUGGCUCCAGAAAUCUAUCGAGAUUAGGACGAGGGAGGAAGGAGGAAGUACGGAAUAUAAGAGCGCACGAUUUCAAGUGGCGGCCGGCACUCGAUGUAGCCUUGCGACUUGCGACGUUCACCGUUGGAUGCCGCGUCUCGAAUAUCUCGAUUACCUCGGCAAGCUCUCUUCCAGUAUACGCCACUCGCCAGUAUUAUCUGUCUCGCGGUAUUAUCUGUCGAUUAUCUGUCAACAUUCGUCAAGCAUGGCUUGACUGGCGUUCGAGGAGAGUCAUUUUUCUAAUAGUGCGAUAUGCCCGCUCUGUCGCCGAGUCGAUUCAUCGAAACCUCUACGUUAUCACCGACAUCGUCACCGAUGACACGUCCACACGUGUAUGUACGCAACAUGUCUGCGUGGUGCGAUUAGCGUUAGUUUCCCUCGCUGUCUCGGAGAGCUUGGACGAUCGUCGUCUCUUGCGAGAAUAUUUUGGAGCUGUUCAGUGGAAGGGACAUUUAACUUGUGCAAUCAUGUUGAAGGCUGUCAUUUUAAUUGGAGGACCUUUAAAGGGGACUAGAUUUAGACCUCUGUCCCUGGAUAUCCCAAAGCCGCUGUUUCCAGUGGCCGGAUUACCCAUGAUACAGCAUCACAUCGAAGCCUGUACCAAAGUCCCUGGGCUUAACGAAGUGUUGAUAAUCGGGGCUUAUCCCAAGAACGAUCUGGCUCAGUUUGUGCAGGAGAUGUCGAGUACCUACGGCAUAAUCAUUCGAUAUCUACAAGAGUUCACGCCCCUUGGAACGGCAGGCGGCAUGUACCAUUUCCGCGAUCAGAUUCGUUCAGGCAGCCCGACGUGCUUCUUCGUUAUGAACGGAGACGUCUGUGCCGAUUUCCCUCUGCAAGAGAUGGUGGAGUUCCACAGCAACAAGCGAGCCCUCCUCACAAUCAUGGCAACGGAGGCGACUCGACAACAAUCACUGAACUACGGAUGUAUGGUUUUGGGGAAAGAGGGAGAGGUGGCGCAUUACGUGGAGAAACCCUCGACAUUCGUGUCGACUCUUAUCAAUUGCGGUAUAUAUCUCGCAUCUCUAGAAAUUUUUCAAACAAUGGGAGAUGUCUUUCACGCCAACCAGCAGCAAGAUCAUAUAAUGCAGUUGUGCGUAGGCAAUGGUAGAGAUCCGGCGCACAUCGCAUUUGAGCAAGACAUCCUGACGCGUUUAGCAGGAUCUGGUCGGUUGUUUGCCCUACCCGUAUUCAGAUGGUGGUCGCAGGUGAAAACUGCGGGCUCCGCGAUAUAUGCCAAUCGGCAUUACUUGGCCCUUUACAAGCAGAAGCAACCGAGCCGCCUUGCUUCUACGAGCAAAAAUCACUGUCACAUUAUAGGAGAUGUGUACAUUCAUCCAUCGGCUAGCGUACAUCCGACUUCUGUGCUAGGUCCAAAUGUUAGUAUAGGCCCGUACACGAUGAUCGAGCCUGGCGUGAGAAUCAGAGAGUCGAUCGUGUUGGCUAAUGCGCACAUCCAGGCCCAUUCCCUUAUUUUACACAGCAUCAUAGGGACAGGCACCAACGUAGGCGAAUGGGCCCGUGUCGAGGGGACUCCGUGCGAUCCCAAUCCUAACAAGCCAUUUGCGAAAAUGGACAACUUGCCGCUAUUCCACGCCAACGGCAAGCUCAACCCUUCCAUCACGAUACUCGGUACUAGCGUGAGCUUGGCUGCGGAAAAAAUUCUACUGAACUCGAUUGUUCUACCGCAUAAGGAACUUACGAGAAACUACAAGAACGAAAUUAUUCUUUAAUUGUCUAACUCUAACGACUACUACGAGGCUAGGAUAAUAUAAUGGUUUAGAUAUAUUAAUGAAAGAGUCGCACAAACGAUAAAACGCUAAGUAUAUAACAUACUUUUGGCUGAUUUUUAUCUGUUGAAUUGUGAUUACAAAUCUUUAAUAAUUUUGUAACAUAAGAUGUUAAUAUAAGAUUUUUAUAUACAUUGUAUGUGGCAACUGUAAGUUAUAUAUGUACAUAGGGGCAAUGGCAAUGGCACAACAUUUUUACAAUAUACAAGCUUGUACAUAUAUGUGUUUAUAUGUGAACGUUGUCAGAUAUAUAUACAAUAUAUAUAAAAAAAAAUGUUACUCCAUAUUUUCGUAAGCAUAUUAAUGCAUAAUAAAUCUUUAUCCGUGGA